CGCAAAACUACCAAUGUUGGCCUGUGUCUUGCUGGGUCUUGCGCUUGCGGUGCUACUCGCGACCGUUUUGGCUACUGCGACGCCGAACGCUUCGCUGGUCGUGAAAGUCUCCUCUGGAACAUUCCGGGGAUCCACUGCAGGCUCUCCCAAUAAUACUGACAAAUGGCUCGGCAUUCCCUUCGCCCAGCCACCGGUCGGGAACCUGCGCUUCAAGAGUCCUGUUGCCCUUACGAAGCCCUCGCACUCGAUACAAGAUGCUAGCCAGUUUGGUAAUGCGUGCCCGCAAGUACCAUCAGACACCUUAGGUGCUCCGCUCGGCGAGGAUUGCCUGUUUCUCAAUGUGUGGAGGCCGGCAGGGACGAAAGCUGAUGCGAAGCUGCCUGUACUUGUCUGGUUCUACGGUGGAGCAUUUAUGAACGGAGCUGCCUCCAACCCUUCAUACGACCCAACGCGCAUCAUUAACCGCAGUACUAACAUCUCAAAACCAAUCGUCUUCGUCUCAGUCAACUAUCGAGUCAAUACAUUCGGUUUUCUGGCUAGCUCUUACGUACCUAUAGAGGACUUGAACGUCGGGUUGCAGGACCAGCGACUAGCCCUCACUUUCUUACAAGACAAUGUCGCAGCUUUCGGUGGUGAUCCGAACAAAGUGACAAUCUGGGGUCAAUCCGCCGGAGCUGGGAGUGCAGAGGCGCAGAUCCUCUUCCCUGCCAAGGAAUCACAUUUUAGAGCUGCGAUUUUUGACUCGUCUACCGGACCUUUCAAGACAGCUCCUCCCGCCAGUACGUACGAUGAACCAGGCAAGCCCUAUGCGCUGUUGACGGAAGCAGUUGGGUGCACGUCGGGACCUGGCUCAUUUGAAUGCCUGCAGCAAGUCCCAUUCGAGACUUUGCUCAACGCCACGAACAUUCUAACAAAUCAAGUCCUUAAUGGACAGCUGUGGCAGCCUGCGGUAGGCCCUCCGGGGAGCUUCAUUUCAACACGCCCUUCUGUACAGAUCGCAAGCGGCAACUUUCUGCACGUCCCCAUUCUGGCGGGCACUAACCUUAACGAAGGCGCGACCUACAGCGAGUCCCUCCUCGGUCUCUCCGUGCCGCCGUCGGAAGAGAAUGCUGUGUUUGACGCCUUCGUGCGCAAUCUGCUCAUCGACCCGUCGACGGUGACAAACAGCACUUUCGAUACGCUACACACGCUCUAUCCCGCCAACGACUCCUCGCUCGGUGGCGCGUACAACACGGGUGAUAGCCUCUUUGACCGCGCCGAGGCGUGGUACAGCGAUAACAUGUACCUCUCGGCGCGUCGGCUCCUGUUCGAGAAGGCUGCACCCCUCCAGCCGCUCUUCGCGUACUUCUUCACGGAGUUCAUCCCCGGUAACAACCUCACGCUCGGAGUGUUCCAUAGCUCCGAGCUGGCGCUCCUCUUCGGACCCGUGCCCAAUCCCAUAGAGGACGACUUUGCGAAUCAGAUGACGGAUUUCUACAUCAACUUCGUGAAUGACCUCAGCCCGGGUGCUCCGUGGCCGCAAUACACUCUGGAGACCAAGCAAGUCUUGCAGCUCCAGCGCGAUAAUAUCACUGUCAUACCGGACGACUUCCUGAUCAGCAAGACAAACUUUCAAGACUCACCGGCUGUACUCGCACAGAUGCAGAAAUGAUAAUGCUGUACGCGCGGACGGUUUGCAAGCAGAGGAAGAAAACAGACCAUAUUGACGACUUCAUGUGCAACAAAUCUUUGAGGCUAUUCAACCUAAUACAGAGCAGCAAUUACAGCAUUGAACCUUCCGCAGUUAAGCAGAAGCCGCACGCUAAAAAGACAGAAGAGCAACAGGGUGUGCACUAGGAACCUUAUCGGGGCGAGAUACAGCCGAUGACGAGACCAAAGUUGAAUGCUUGCGACAAUAUCAAGUUUGCACACACGUGUGGUUACAGGCCAAUGGGGUUGUAUUGUGCAAUUUGCUGAGGAUACUGGCCGCAAUGAGCGAGGUUGUCUAACGAAAUGCCGCGAGAGGAUAAUGUAGAAGACGCGAUCAAACUCCGCCUGCGAGAAACGCGAUGCGAUUGGUCCCGCUUCCACGACGCUAUAACCGAUCACAUUAAUUUCUUCUGUCAACUUCCCUGCAGGAAAGAAUGGUCUGCCUACACCGCAACAGAAAGCCAACGAAUGGUAAUGACUAUCUGCUGUUCGUCCCACUUCUUUAUUCUAUCUAAUGCUCAAGUUUUUCCGAGGUUCUCAUGAUCUAGGCACGUGCAUAGCCAGAUUAUCCUGCUCUCACAGACCGCAUCCAUCGAGAACACGUAAUUGAACCAGCCCCCUUAUGGCUUCAGACCCAGACGUCUGGUGAAGAGAAGCCUGUGGUCGGCCAUACGUUUUAGCAGAGGGCCUACUAUAUGAACCCAUGCACGUCUCUGCAGCGAUAGGACUCUAUUGCUCGUCGCGGACCGUUCAUUGUCGCGAACUUGAAGCUACCAAUGCUGGCCCUUGUCCUGUUUGGUCUCGUACUCGCGGCGCUGCCCACGGUCGCCGUCGCUACUGCGACGCCGGACGCGUCACUGGUCGUGAAAGUCUCCUCUGGAACAUUCCAAGGGUCCACUGCAAGCUCUCCCAAUAAUACUGACCAAUGGCUCGGCAUUCCCUUCGCCCAGCCACCGGUCGGUAACCUGCGCUUCAAGAGUCCUGUUGCCCUUACGAAGCCCUCGCACUCGGUGCAAGAUGCUAGCCAGUUUGGUAAUGCGUGCCCGCAAGUACCAUCAGACACCUUAGGUGCUCCGCUCGGCGAGGAUUGCCUGUUUCUCAAUGUGUGGAGGCCGGCAGGGACGAAAGCUGAUGCGAAGCUGCCUGUACUUGUCUGGUUCUACGGCGGCGCAUUUAUGAACGGAGCCGCCUCCAACCCUUCGUAUGACCCAACGCGCAUCGUUAAUCGCAGUGCUAACAUCUCUAAACCAAUCGUCUUCGUCUCGAUCAACUAUCGAGUCAACACCUUCGGUUUCCUGGCCAGCUCUCAUGUACCCAUAGAGGACUUGGACGCUGGAUUGCAGGACCAGCGACUAGCCCUCGCUUUCUUACAAGACAACGUCGCAGCUUUCGGUGGUGAUCCGAACAAAGUGACAAUCUGGGGUCAAUCUGCCGGAGCCGGUAGUGCAGAGGCACAAAUCGUUUUCCCUGCCAAGCAAUCACACUUCCGGGCUGCGAUCUUUGACUCGUCUACCGGACCUUUCAAGACAGCUCCUCCCGCUAGUACGUACGAUGAGCCAGGCAAGCCCUAUGCGCUGUUGACCGAGGCGGUUGGGUGCACGUCGGGACCUGGCUCAUUUGAAUGCCUGCAGCAAGUCCCGUUCGAGACUUUGCUCGACGCCACAAACACACUGACCAAUCAACGUCUUAAUGGACAGCUGUGGCAGCCUGCAGUGGGUCCUCCGGGGAGCUUCAUUUCACCACGCCCUUCUGUACAGAUCGCAAGCGGCAACUUCCUGCACGUACCUAUUUUGGCAGGUACAAACCUCAAUGAAGGCGCGACCUUCAGCGAAUCCCUCCUCGGUCUCUCCGUGCCGCCUUCCGAGGAGGACACCACGUUUGACACCUUCGUGUGCAAUCUGCUCAUCGACCCGUCGACGGUGACGAACAGCACUUUAGAUGUGCUGCACACGCUCUACCCCGCGAACGACUCCUCGCUCGGCGGCGCGUACAACACGGGUGACAGCAUUUUUGAUCGCGGCGAAGCGUGGUACACCGACAACAUGUUCCUCUCUGCGCGACGGCUCCUAUUCGAGAAGGCCGCACCUUUCCAGCCGCUCUUCGCGUACUUCUUCACUGAGUUCAUCCCCGGGAACAACCGCACGUUUGGAGUGUCCCACGGCUCUGAGCUGGCGCUCCUCUUCGGACCCGUGCCCGAUGCCAUAGAGGAAGACUUUGCGAAUCAGAUGACGGAUUUCUACAUUAAUUUCGUGAAUGACCUCAGCCCGGGUGCCCCAUGGCCGCGAUAUACUUUGGAGACCAAGCAAGUCUUGCAGCUCCAGCGCGAUAACAUCACGGUUAUCCCGGACGACUUCCUGGUCAAUAAAACAGACUUCGAAAACUCGCCCGCCGUACUCGCCCAGAUGCAGAAAUGACGAUGUCCUGAUGUAGAGGUGUUUGUAAUGCUCACGGACAAAUUGCAAGCAGAGGAAGAAGGCAAGCUAUGUUGAUGGCUACACGCGCAACAAGUACUUUGAGGCAAUUCAAUCUAGUACAGAGCAGCAAUUACAGCAGUCAACCUUCCGCAGUUAAGCAGAAGCCGUACAUUAAAACUACAGAAGAGCAAGAAGCCGUACACUUGGUUCGUGAGAUCGUAAAAUGAUUUGUCCUUCGUUACGCGAUCGUCAGGGAAGAUUGAAUGGGUAUCAGGGGCGAGAUACAGACAAUGAUGAGACUGAAUUUGAAUGCUUGCGACGUCGAGAUGGGAGGGUAUCAGGUUUGUACACGGACGUGCGGUUCGCGGGCCCGCCAGAGGCCCAUUGCGCGCACAGCGAGGAGAUAUCGGGGUGACUAGUGGACGAACGACGGAUCGUCGGGCGCGGUGCAUGCUCGGCCGAAGACGGGAGCUGGUAAUAGCGCGUCGGCGGGUGGCUGCUUUCCGACGCGUCAAGUUCUUGUCUUAUAGAUGUCCGGGACUGCACGCGGCGGAGAGAGCCGCUGAUCGACGAAGUGCGUGUGGACUCAGAGGGCGAUGCGAGCGAAGAGAUGGACGAAAAUGGCGAUGACCAGAACGAGCCGCUUGUGAGCGAUGUCGCGCGACUGCGUCCAGAGGCCGAGCUCCAUGUCGAAGCCGUACUCCGAAUAGAAGAUGGGCUCUUGGCCGUAUUUGAGCGAGAGAGUUUCGCGGACGACGUCAGCUGGUCCUCGUCCAUUUCUGGCGAGGGGGGUGGGGACGGAUAGAUAGAUGGAGAGACCCAGCUGGGAUCCUCGUCUUGGCUGGAAGCGCCCUCCUCGGAUGCUGUAUCUCGGCUUGGUCUUGGCAAAGACACAUGACUGCGUUUUGGACUGCGCUGGAUCAUCUCGUCCUUUUGCGAUUGGCUUUCCGUUCCAUCGCCUUGCACCACGAGGGUGGUCUCGUUGUUCAUCUCCUCCUCAAGCUUCUCUUCCGUCUUGCCCCGCAAGUUGCGAGAGGUAUCGGUGUGAAGAGCAGCAAGGUCUUCACGCACAAAGGAACGAGCUGAGAAAAAGGCUUGCCGCGCCUGAUCCAGGAAUGGGAAGUUCUGAAACACAUGCACCGCGUCUUCAUACAACUCAUGUCGCACUUGCACCCCCGCGAGGGAAGCUUUAUGAGCCAAAAGCGUGUGUUCAUCUCGCAGAACCUCCGCUUCUCCCGCUUGGAUGAGCAGCGGUGGGAGCCCCUUGAAGUCUCCGAAUAGCGGGCUCGCAUACGGGUGGGUCAGGUACUUCUCCAUAUGUUCUCCAAGAUAGCAAGCGAUCGGAUUGAGGUGGUCACCAGGUAUCGGCUUCGGGACAACAUCGUACGAUUCGUUACUCUCCCAUGAGUCACAGCUCAUUGUAAGAUCAACCCAUGGAGACAUGAGAAUACCGCCACCAGGAAGGGGAUAAUCGUUGUCCCGCAAGUACAUCAUCAGGGCUAGCGAGAGCCCUCCACCAGCACUGUCGCCUGCGACAAUGAUAUUCUCGGAGGGAAUCUGGAGAUCAUUUAUUAGUCGGAGGUAGGCUGAUACUGCAUCGUGCAGUGGCCCUGGGAAUCGCGUUUCCGGCGCAAGACGAUAGUCGAGAGCGAACACCCUAGCAUCUAGAAACUUGGACAGAGGUAUCGUGAUAAGUCUAUGGGUGGUCGGGUUGGAUAAAUAGUAUGCGCCACCAUGGAGGUAUAACACCACUCGCUCCUUGCGCUUGGUAUACGACAAGGACUCGCCUGGAGAACUAGAGCUGGCAGAGGAAGCCUCCUUCUUGGCCGCCUUCCAUUCUGACUGUAGUCUUUGCCACGUCUUCUUACCCACCACCCACUCUCCGGAGAGUUCGCGCGUACCGCCCUCGGCAGCAUCAAACUUUGCGAGGAUACCUUUAAGGCCACGCCUAGGGACAUGGAAGGUGACUGGCGUGACCAGCGCAUCCGAAGGCACCGGUACGAGACCACUGAUGCUCAUGACCAUCCUGAUCAUCGCAAUGUUUGCAAGGUGCGAAUGCAGACCGACAUCCCGCAUUAGACACGUCACAAUAGUCAUCUCGAUUCCCCAUGACGGUCGGAGCGGCCCCCGCAGCUGGUGCGAUAUUACGGCGGUAAUAACCUCGCUCACU